GGCUUUGGGGAGGAUUCAUUGGCACACCAAAAAUGGCUAAAAUAGUCUCUCUUCUCGCCACUCUUGUAGUGGCUUUACUGUCCCUUAGCUUUCCUUUAGAAUGCAAAGCAAAUUACUACUAUAGUUCUCCUCCUCCACCAACCAAGAAGUACGUGUACUCAUCACCACCACCUCCAGUUUAUAAGUACAAAUCCCCGCCACCACCUCCUCCGGUUUAUAAAUCUCCACCACCACCUGUUUACAAAUACAAGUCUCCUCCACCUCCUCCUCCAGUUUACAAGUACAAGUCACCACCACCUCCUCCUCCAGUUUAUAAAUCACCACCACCACCUGUUUACAAGUACAAGUCCCCACCACCACCCGUUUACAAAUACAAGUCUCCACCACCACCUCCACCGGUCUAUAAAUCCCCACCACCACCCGUUUAUAAGUACAAGUCUCCACCACCACCUCCACCCGUUUAUAAAUCCCCACCACCACCCGUUUAUAAGUACAAGUCUCCACCACCACCCGUUUACAAGUAUAAGUCUCCUCCACCACCUCCUCCGGUUUACAAAUACAAGUCACCACCACCACCUCCUCCAGUCUACAAAUCUCCACCACCACCCGUUUACAAAUACAAAUCACCACCACCACCUCCUCCGGUCUACAAAUCUCCACAACCACCUGUUUACAAGUACAAGUCUCCUCCACCACCUCCUCCAGUCUACAAAUCCCCACCACCACCCGUUUACAAGUAUAAGUCACCACCGCCUCCUCCACCAGUUUACAAAUCUCCACCACCCCCUUACCACUAUUAUUACACAUCUCCACCUCCUCCUCACUACUAGGAACUGCGUUUUACACUCUGGAUCAAGACAAUUUGAUCCAUGCAGGAAAAGAGGAAUCAGAAGGAAAAGCCUCACGAGCGAAUAAAUGGAGUGUUUUAAAGAAGAAGAAGAGAAGUUAAAGCCACAAAGGGAGAAUAUGUCCUUUUGUUUUGUGUUUUUUCCCAUUGACUUCACGUUAGUUGUAUAUCUCGUGAAGUUUUCGAACUAUUUAUGUUUUGGAAGUAAUAUAUUUAUUUACGUACCAAGCCGUACAUGUUUAUGUGCUUUUGAGUUUUGAUUUCAUGUUGGAUUAUGUAAGUUUCUCUGUAAUAAGAUCAAUAAGUUCAUUGAAUAAUAUUGUAGUUUCCGUUUCCAAGAGA